AUGCGCAACCCAUUAACACACGAAGUCAAGGGUAAGACGAAGGAGAAAGUGAGUGUGCCAUCUUGCCACCACCACACUUAUCAGACAUGACUCUAGAGAGCUAACUAUCUGCUGGUUGUUUUAACAGAUUUACCUCAGGGCACUGCAGCACAUGUGGAAAUAUGGGCGACACUUUACCUGGGUAGGCACUUAUGUCAGUCAUAACACUAAUUUGUAACCUGCUAGUGUGAAACAAAUGUGAGAUUUGACCUCUGGAUAUGGCUACAUGUUCAAACAUGAAUCGGAUGUAGUUGCAGUAUGUCGUGUCUCUUUUUAGCUUCAUUGUUAUUUUUGCAAUUGCACAAAGCCUGUGUCUGAAAUGACACCUUACUACAAAAGCAGUGCCCUGCUGUUUCCCCAGAGCUCUAUGUGAUAGUUAACCAGAGGUGUAGUGAACUAUGGGGAAAUAGGGUGUCCCCUUGAUGUACGGUAUGCCUUGAGACCAAAAUGGAACAUACCCGAUACUUAAAAUAAGUAUUUUCAAGCAUUAUUUUAUAGAAAUUACAAGGGGGAUACAUGUGAGGAGGAGCUAAAGUUAGAAGGGUAGACUCUGGUAUCAAACCCCAGCUUCCAGCGGUCAUUUGUACAUGUAUUGAGAGCAGGAACCAUUACCACUCUGCCAUGACUCUGCCACAGACCUGAUUCUUAACCUGUAUUUCUUUCUUUGCAGGAACUCUUUACGGUGGAAUGCAAGUUCAAAGAGUCUGUGUUUGAGAACUACUAUGUGAUCUACUCGUCGAUGCUGUACAGGCAACAGGAGUCAGGGAGGGCUUGGUUCCUGGGACUCAACAAAGAGGGCCAAGUCAUGAAGGGGAAUCGAGUGAAGAAAACAAAACCAGCUGCUCACUUCCUGCCCAAGCCAUUAGAAGGUAAGCAAUCGCCACAUUCUGAGUCCGAUUUGUGUUCAUUAGAACAGAAUCGUUUCAACGGCAUUAAAGUAGCAUAGAGUAUAGGCAUUAGAAAAUUAGGAUCUUAAUCUGCUAGACUUCUUUCAAGGUUAACCUUCGCAAAACAAUUCCGUACCGUCUACUGUAUAUGGGAAGGCUUUCUUCCUGGCUGAUAGCGACACUAAAGCAAAUGAACCCUUUUCUGUAUAUGGUUCACAUUGCUACUGACUGCUGGUACCAUGUUCAUGCAGCAGGUAGGAAAUACCCUUCCACCCACAGAUUUUACACCCAUGUCAGAAGUGUCAAACUUAUUAAAUGUAAAGGUCACCUCUGAGGCAGGGUAUAUGUAUAGAUCACCAGAACCGUACACAAGUCAAAAACAUGUAAGCCAGCACACCCCUGCAGGUUCACAAGACCACAUUUCAACCGCCACCCCUCAGAAUGACCAUUCCACACCUAGACCCUGUCACAGCAGCAUCUAUCCGAUCACGCCCCUGUUACUGUUUAUCGCACCAUAAAUCCCACCUCGCGUAACCACCCAUCGCUACAUUGAAGGAUGGUUAUUGUAACUGAAUGAAGGUGAGGGUUAUGGUGAUGCUUAUCUACUGUGGGACUAUGAUUAGAGCGCAGGCGGAGGCAGAGGUGUGAGUCUUUAAAUAUUUUUCAGGUAAUGGAGAUGAUACAUGGCAUGGAAUGAUUGACAGACAGUUGACAUGAAAUGUCUUGAAAUCAGAUGGACUAGCCAGUGGGUCUGUAGAGCGUCACAGGCAAUAAAAGCAAACAUGCAUAAUUAAUUGGCUGUUAAUUAGCAUAUCAGAUGAGUACCAAUAGCAAUAUUCAAAUAUGAUAAGCAUAUGAAUGGGUAUAGCAGCAGGGAACGAAUGGCAGAAGGAGCUGCGAUAGCAUGCGGCAUGGUAGGCCAAAGCUAGAGCAGGCUACAUGAAGUGGCUACGUAGCAUGGCAUGUGGCAACAAACAAUAUAAAGUUAACAAGGUAGCAAGCAUAGCCAUAAAGCAGGCCUAAUUAACAUAAAGCAGCUGCACAAAAGGUUCAAAUGACAAUAAACAUAAGUCAGUUACCAACUACAUGUAACAAAGAAAAACAGAUAAAUUACUAAAUGGCUACUUGGCUUGGCCAUUAGCGUCCGACAUCCCACACAAACAAAACAGAGGUAAGGAAGUAUUUUUCUUAUUCGUCUUCUAUGCAAUAAAAUAUGUUGGUACUCACAUUCAAUGACAUACUGGUGGUGGUGGUGGUGGUGGUGGUGGUUGUUGUUGUUGUUGUUGUUGUUGUUGUUGUUGGCAUCCUCAACUCUGUCUGAAGGACCCAGAUUGAAAUGAGGCACCCUCCUGUUUAAAUCCCUGACCAUAGAGGUGGACUAGAGGGCAAUCACCAAUCAGGGAAUUCUGUACAGUUAUCUUCCCCUUACCAUGCAAUUUGUAUUUAUCAGCCCCAUCCAUAAUUUAUAGACUGGCGUAUAGCACAAAGGGGAAGGGACAAGACCUGUCUUUGCGGCCAUGAAAUGCUGAUGCUUUAUGGUGCGUCUGCAGACGCCCACAUCACUCUCCGCCCCUCCCCAGCUGAUUUGUGUCAUUUAUUUAAACAUGGAAGCCUCCAGAAACCUGUACUACACUGUCAUGACUGUGACACAACUGCAGUGCAGGGAGCGUAAAGCACAGGAUAAUUUGGGAUGUUCCCACUGCACAAAGGCUUUGGUCACAUUCAGAUUGGGGUCCGUAUAAAGGAGAGGAAGAGAUGGCAGCAUCCACAGGCUAAAGAAUGUCUUACCCGACUUUUUUUGGAACGUUUUUGGUCUCUUUUCUCCACUUUGGGUGCAGUCUGGAACGAUUUCCAAAAUAAAUCGAAGCCUCUGCGUCAAUGAGACUUAUAAAUGAUUAAAUCAUUCAUGCUAGUAUUCUUUAGUGAAAGAGGAGUCAUUUAGUUUUAGAAUUAUUUAUUUGAAGAAAGGAGAAAGAGAACCUAUUUUACUCUGGGUUUUACUAACAACAUGUUCCCUCUCUCCUCCAUUCUCUCCCUCUCUUCUAUUCUCUCCCUCUCCUCCAUUCUCUCCCUCUCUUCUAUUCUCUCCCUCUCUUCUAUUCUCUAUCUUUCUCUUUCUAUCCUCCCUCUCUUCCUUUCUCCCAUUUUCUCCCUCUCACCCCUCCUUGUCUCCCCAUCUCCUCACUUCCCUUUCUUGCUCUCUCCCCCAUAGUUGCUAUGUACAGAGAGCCAUCGUUGCAUGACGUAGGAGAGACCAAAGCUCCCAAAGGCACCGUCCCUCCCAGUAAAAGCACAACCGAGCCCCCAGUGAUGAAUGGAGGCAAACCAGCCAGCAAGCCUGCUACUACUACUACUACUACUACUACUACUACUACUACAACUGCUAGGCCCCACACAUAG